CGUCCUCUUGCGUGCACACGGGGUCCGUUUAAAAAUCGCGAUUAACGCGAGAAAAAACGUAAAGCAGGAGCUUAAUAACCGGUUGACUGACGAGAGUGAACGUAUUUUAGACGACGGAUGGCAUUAAUCGCGUUGAUCUCGUUCGAAUCGUCGUAUAUUUGUUUUGUAGAAAGUAAAUGAAUUCCAAGCGAGCUCUUAUAACGAAUUCUCAGAUGUUAAUUGCUAGAAAUCAAUUUUAUGAAGUUAGAGAAAAAAAGGAAUCGAAUUAUUUAAAUCCGCGACGCGGAAGUUGGGACGUUUAUUUCCAGAGAAAUGACAACUUCUCGUCUAUCUAUAUAUUUUAAAUAUUUAUCUUUCACGUAACUAAAAAUCACCUCGAAGUGCAGGUUUUGCAGGGAACGACGUAAAAUCCGAUUGAGUCGUUGCAUCGCCUGUCGUGAAAUGCUUUGCUUUUGAAGAUGCAAUCGUAGCAUUCCGUUUGCAACAAAGAUUAAAGAAAUGUCACGACAUACUGAACGUACAUAUAAUAUGCAUAUUUAAUAAAUAGAGAUAUAAAUGACAGAUAUGAUCAUUCAUUGUGAAAUGAUUAACGAGGUGUCGCUUUAAAAGAGUCGUGGGGGGAACGAUCGGGGAGAGGCAAAGAGUACGCAUUACUAAUCGAAGAUGUUGCACAUGUCCUUGCCAAAUGACAUCAUCGUAUACUAAAUAAGGAUUCGCCCAAUGCGAUGAACGCGCCGUGGGCACUGCCUACGAUCGCCAGACAAUCCCGUAACGAUGCACCGUUUUGCAAUCGUUAUGCGCAGGUUGACGGCGUAAAUGAUGCGUGUGACGCACAGUUCUCUUUCAAAAUAUCCAAUAUAUUUUAUAUAAAUAGGAAUGGAAACGGAUACGCUUGUACAUUGCGUCCGCGCAAUGAGCUAAACGGACGUUAUUAUAUAAUUAUAAUUACUUGUCUUUGACAUUUCUUGUGCGCGAGUCGACUGAUCCAAAAUGCAUACUUCGAGAUAUGCCGGAUAUCAUAUUAACGGAAAUCGUGAUUACAUUACGGAUGGCGAAGAGAGCCACAGAGCUCCUUCGGAUCGCACCGUGUCUGAGUAUAUCGUUGCUAACGAACGUACCACCAUGGUGAAACCUAUAAGAAAGAACGGACACGCGGACAAGUAUGACAGAGAAGAAGACAGAAGAUCCAGAAGCGCACAUAAUACUCGCGACUCGGUACUGUCCGGAUCUUCGAAGCAUAGUUUGCAUCCGCUUCGCAAAACUGCCUCGCACGGCAGUAUUUGUGACAAUGGUUCAGAUAUAUAUGUCACCAGUGCAGCAUACAGAGCUACUUCCGAUAUAAGUCGAGUCUCACGCCCUAGCCUCGCACCAAGCUCCAGAUUGGACCACCACAGAGCGCCUAGUCAUUACAGCUACGGUUCCGGCAGGUCAGGCACUUCGACAGUGAAAACUCGUACGUCACGGAAAGGCGGUAUAAUCGUGGAAACUAUGUCAACGCCUAACCCAUUCUGUCCAAACACUAAGGGAGUCUGUUGCCUCAUGUUACUUCUCAAUCUUGGCUUGAUUCUAGUUACUCUAGGCUUCGUUAUCGUCAUACAAUUUUUCCAGCCAUUAGUUGUUUGGAUCUUGGGAAUAGUGUUUCUUGUGUUUGGAUUUUUAACACUGAUCGGUAGUCUCGUGUAUUGCGUACAUGUGUUCAAAAAUGCCAAACAUCCGCACGAUAUCAAUCCAGAAGAUCUAUACUGGACUCAUUACUGGCAAGGUCGUGUUGGUUCUACAGCACCUGAAGUUUAUUAUAAAGCCGAAGACAAAUACCAGGAUGAUGGUUACAGCGAUCGAUACAGCAAAUAUUCGGGAAAGUAUUAUGACAGACAACAUCAGAGAUAUUGAUUGGAAUAUGCAAAAUGGUCUCGACCGUUAAUUAAAGUACCAAUCAUUCUGCCAAUUCUUACAUAAGGGAUUUAAAAAUCAAUGACGAAAUAAAAAACUAAUCUCAGUGCAAUAAAACAUAGUACUUAUGUGUAUUUGUGCAUAAAUAUUGUACUAACAGUCUUUAUCCUUUUCCAGAGAAUAUAAAUUGUAAAUGUACUUUUUUGGUAAUACCAAUAUAAAUAAUUUGUAAAAAGGAUAAUCUCUUUUCUCCAGAAAUAACAUAUAGAAUUUUCAGCCGAUUAAUUCGCAAUUUAAUUUGUAUCGAUAUAUUAAUAAUACAUUUUUAGUAAUAGAUAAUUCUAUGUAUUUAUAUUUUAUACAUAAAUAUAUGACGGUAAUUACAUUUUUUAUAAACGAUGUAUUAUAUCAAGAGAACAUAUAUAGUAAUACUACUUAUUCAUAAAAAUUAAAUAAUUAUCCCAUUGCAUAAUCAAAAA